AAUAUCUCGACAUCAGUCGAUCGCAAGGUCCCGGUUAUACAGACGCGCAAACUCAAACUUAAUAUUCCAUUUUAUAUAUCAAAAAAACCUCCACCCAGAAAUAUCUUUUUCUAGUUUAUUAUAAAAAAUAAAUCUACAAAAUAUAUAUAUUUUAAAAAAAUAAGAAAAAUUGUGUUCAAUAUUAUAGUGAUAAUUAAGUUAGUGAUUAAAAAUAAUUAAGCGUAAUUAUUUGUGGUACAAAUACCUCUUUUGGCGGGACUGUUAUUGUUACUGUGUUUAAUAAUUUUUAUUCAUAGUUAAAACAAAAUGAGCACCCCCGUGAAGAAGGUGCCGAUCCAUCUGCAGAGUGCCCAAAAUCGUUUAUUAAUAAAAAAUGGAAAAGUCGUUAAUGAAGAUGGAAUGAUUGAUAGUGAUGUCUACAUCGAAGAUGGAAUAAUAAAACAACUUGGACGUAACUUGAUAAUUCCAGGUGGUACUAGGACAAUUGAUGCACGUGGAAAAUAUGUAAUGCCUGGUGGUAUUGAUCCACAUACACAUUUUGAAUUGGAAUUAAUGGGAGCUAAAUCAGUUGAUGAUUUUUAUCAAGGAACAAAAGCUGCUGUUGCUGGUGGAACAACGAUGAUUAUGGAUUUUGUUAUACCUUACAAAGAUGAAACACUACUUGAGGCAUAUGAUAGAUAUCGUACAACUGCUGAUGAAAAAGUCUGUUGUGAUUAUGGUCUACAUGUUGCUAUUACCAGCUGGAAUCCAAAGGUAAAAGAAGAAAUGGCAAUACUUGUUCAAGAACACGGUAUCAACAGUUUCAAGAUGUUUAUGGCAUACAAAGAUCUCUUCAUGCUUAAAGAUUCAGAACUUAUUGAAGCAUUCACUGUCUGCAAAAAUCUUGGUGCUGUUGCAAUGGUUCAUGCUGAAAAUGGUGAUAUUAUUGCUAUGAAUACUAAAAAACUUCUUGAUGCUGGAGUAACUGGUCCUGAAGGCCAUGAAUUAUCACGUCCUGAAGAAGUUGAAGCAGAAGCUACAAAUAGAGCUUGUGUUAUUGCCAAUCAGGUGAACUGUCCGUUGUUUAUUGGACCGGUGAUGAGUAAAUCCGCAGCAGACGUGAUAUCCGCGAGACAUGAUAAUGGUGGUGUUGUAUUUGGUCAACCAAUUGCUGCCAGUAUUGGCAUUGAUGGUAGUGAAUUGUAUGGAAAAGACAUAAACAAGGCAUGUCGGUUUGUCACGAAUCCACCACUAAGACCGGAUUCAACAACACCCGCAUACUUGAUUGAAAAACUCAACGAAGAUGGUCUUCAGUGUACUGGAAGUGACAAUUGUACAUUUAAUGCUGAUCAAAAAGCUUUAGGAAAAGAUGAUUUUUCUAAAAUACCAAAUGGAGUUAAUGGUGUUGAGGAUAGAAUGUCUGUUGUAUGGGAAAAAGGUGUUCAUUCUGGUAUAAUGGAUCCAACAAGAUUUGUCGCAGUAACAAGUACAAAUGCUGCAAAAAUAUUUAAUUUAUAUCCAAGAAAAGGUGUUAUUGCUCUUGGUUCUGAUGCUGAUAUUGUUAUAUUUGAUCCAAAUAGAAAAAAAGUUAUAUCUGCUGAAACACAUGUUCAAGCUGUUGAUUUUAAUAUAUUUGAGGGAAUGGAAGUUAGUGGAACUCCAGAAUAUGUUAUUGUCAAUGGUCGUGUUUGUCUUGAUGACAGUGAUGUUAAAGCUGUUCAUGGAUAUGGAAGAUUUGUGGAAACUCCAAUAUUUCCUCCUUAUGUUUAUGACAAAAUUGAACAAAGAGAAAAAAGACCACGAGGUGUUGCUAGAACACUUGAAGAUGAAAAAAGAUAUGCUGAUGAAGAUUUAGCAAUAGCCAAAGCUCGUGAAGCAGCUAAAUUAGCAGCAUCAGCAGCAAGAGUAUUACAAAUAAAUCAAACAAAUGGUAAUCAUCAUAUUCAAAAACCAAGAUUAUCUCAGGUAUCAUGUACACCAACACUUCCUGAAUCAGCUGUUGUUACACCAUCAGCAAAAGGUCCACGUCUUGAAGGUCAACGAAAUCUUCAAGAUUCAACUUUCUCUAUUAGCGAGGAUGUUGAUGAAACUCGAAGAGCCUGUAUUCGUGUUAAUAAUCCACCAGGUGGUCGCAGUGCUGGCGGUUUUUGGUAAAUUAAUUAUCAACCUAAGUUCAUAUAUGCUUUACCCCAGGGUUAUUUAAUUCAAAUUGGUAGCGAAAAAGGAAAUAAUAAUUAUUAAAUAAAAUCAACCACGUAUCAUAAUAUAAAACAAAAAAAAACUCAACGUUCCCUUUCAUCGCCUCAUUUAUUAUUUGCAUCAUUUUCACUUAUUCUCGCUAUUCACCAAAUAUUAAUCAUUAAGAUUUAAUAAAAUAUAUAUAUCAAGAUGCGUAAAAAUAUAUAAAUAAAUAAAAACAAAUAUCAACAAAUAUAUAUUGCAAAAAAGGCAAGCUUAAAACAAAAUGAAAUAUUUAUAAUAAUUUUUUUAUCUUUAUUAAGUUGAUUAAUUAAAAAUUUAAAAUUGAGCAGCUAUUUUAUAAACUUGAUAUUUAUAAUUAACAAGAUAAAAUUUUUAUUGUAUUUAAUAUAAUUUGUCCUCUCAGGAAAUAUCCCAUGUCUAAAAAGGUAAUUGGGAACAAAAAAAAAAAAAUAA